GCCAUUUUGGUUUCCGAGAGUGCGCGUUUCAGUACGUCGGUUGUUGGUCUGUAUAGUGCAGUUUAUCUGUGUAAUCGAGUUUUGUGCACCAAAAAAACUGGAAAUAUCUACUACAAAGGAUACAUACUUAGGUGGAUUACAACUUUUAUUUUAAAGACAGACUAACACAACUAACAGAAACACAAAAAAUGGGAGCAAGGCAGUCGAAAAGGUCUGUGGACAUCACAACGACCCCAAAAAAGGGCGAGGGGGAGGUGACCGUAGAGGGGGAGGGAAAAUUGGAGAAAAUCGCCGAUAUUGAUGCCAAAAUCACAACGAACGGUGUUGCGCACGAAGCUGUAGAAGCAACGAGUGAAAAAGAAUUGGCGGCCAAAGUAGAGAACGAAGUGAAGGAGUCCGAGUCCAAGGAGGAAAUAAAGGAAAACGGAGUUUCAGAGGGCGAAGAACCAAAGGAAGUGGCCGAACCAAAAACACCGGAAGCGCCAGUAGCGGUAGCAGAAGAAGACACAGCCGGUGGCGAUCAACCGACGGCGGACUCGUCGGUGGAAAAAACGCCGGAAAGUGGCGACGCCAAAAUCGAAGAAACUCCCGACAGUAAAAAGAAGGACAAGAGCAAAAAGAAAAAGUGGUCCUUCAGGAGCAUAUCGUUCUCGAAAAAGGACAAAUCCAAGCCCAACAAGGAUGCCGAGAAGAACGGAGAGGUCAAAGAGGUCGCAGAAGAGAAUGUUGAAGAAACUGUCGCAUCUCCAGUUGUCGAAUCUCCAAAAGGAGAAGAAGUAAAAACCCCAGAGGCUGUUAAAGAAGCCGCUCCUUUAGCCAACGGCGAUGCCUCCGUUGAAGAGCUGGUGAAACCCGAAGAACCCAAAGUGGUGGAGGAACCAGCAAAACCCGCUGAGGAACCAGCAAAAGCUGCCGAAGAGCCAGCAAAACCUGCGGUCGAGGAAGUGAAGGCUCCUGAAACAGUGCCAGAACCAGUUGCCGAGCCAGCACCAGAAGCUGUCGUCGAGGAGCCAGCAUUGGUCGAGGAGAUUGCUUCAGUGGUACCGGCUGCAGAGGAAAGCAAAGAGGUGCGUAGCGAGGAAAUUCCGCCUCCUUUACCGUCCUCGAACCCUCCUUCCCCGGUGACGGCAUUCGCUGAAUCGACCAAAGACGAGGUAUCCGCUUCCGCGCCCGAACCGGUAGUCGAAAAAGUUGUCGAACCGGUUGUUGAAAAGUUAGUCGAAUCGCUUCCGCUCGCGGUUUCCCCUUCCACUACAGUCAAACCUGUCCAAGAAUCCGAAAUUGUCCCCGUUGUUGAAUCGGUACCCGAAAGUUUGCCAGAACCCCCCGCGUCACCGGUCAAAGAAUUAGAAUCUGAACCUCUCCCUGAACCCCCGGCGGCUCCGCAAGAACAGGAACCCGUAGUAUCCCCGACUGAAGUAGUAGAAACCAAAGAAGAAGUUAAACAAGAAGAAGAACCUGUGAUAGUAGAGGAACCCAAACCAGUCGAGGUUGCGGUAGCCGAACCCGUCCAAAACGCAGAAGAACCCAAAGUUGAACAAAAAGAAGUUAUCCCGGAACCGGAACCGGUCGCGGAAAAAGUAGAAUCUCCAUUACCGGAACCGAUUUCCGAGCAACUUCCCGAGCCGGUUUCUAUUUCCUCCGAACCCGUUGCAAACGCCGACUCCCUACCCGACAUCUCGACCGAAUCUCUUCCCUCUCUACCGGAACCGGUUAGCGAAAGCUUACCGGAACCGAUGUCCCUUCCUCCGGUCGAAUCGGCACCGGAACCGAUCUCCCCUCCCUCGCCCGUAGUCGACGAGCAGGUGGCACCGCCGCUCACAAACGGAAACGCCGCCGCCACCAAUGGAAUCCACUCGCCGACCGCGGCGGACGCGGAAGAGAUCCCUGUGCCACCGCCAGGACCCAUCAAACAGGUUCCAGUAGACAUUGAGGAAGUGCGACAAGAGGGUGCUGAAAAAACUACAGAAGUUGUGGUGGCAGAAUCAACUCCAGCCACGGUUGAGGAAUAGAGAGAUGCGCGUUUUCUGUUCGUUUAACGUUUUUAUACAUAACUAAAAAUAUUAAAAAGUGAACUUUAAUUGCAAGUUGAAUACCAACAUAAAACAACAAAAACUGGAUCAUUCCCGGCAGCGGGAACUACAACAACGACCAAUAUAAUAAAAAUAAAGCGUUUUAGAUAAAGAAAAAAAGGUGACCUCGACUGCCAUUUUUGGAAAAAAUUAGAAAUUAGACCAUGUCCAGAACACAAAAACGUUUUUUUUAAAUACUCUCUUGUAAUACUUAUUAUAAUAUAAUAUCGAUACAAUUUUUAACUUAGUGGAAGAGAAUGGAAGUUUUCGGACAAUUUUUUAUAUGUCGUUGAUGACCUUUUACUAUCAUACAUUGUAAAAUAAAAUACAACAACCUAGUAGUGUAAUAGAUUUUUAGGGUUUAGAUGAGUCCUACUGUUAUAACCUCAUUUAAAUCAAAUUGUAAUCCAUCACAAAAUACUGUCUUCUUCGAUGGUGAUUCAACAUUUGUAUCGUAUCUUGUAAUUAUAUAUUUUUUAUUUCUAAUGUUUAGCUUUUUAGAUUAGUUACAUAUCUAUAAAAUUUUAUUAAAAAGUGUAAUAGUUUCAUAUUGUAAAUCAUUUUGCUUUAAAAGCACCAAACAAGCGACAGACUACGUUUUAUUGUGUAUUUUUUAUUUUAAAAAAUCAACUUGAUCAAUUUUAUUCGAUUUUAAUUUAGCCAUUAAAAAAAUACACGGUAACAUUUGACAGCCUGAAGAAGUGAUUGUAUAAAUAAAAAUAUGGAAUUUUAAACUCGUAAAUGUGUAGAUUAGCAAAACCUGGCUGUCCAUUAGUCUGUUAAUAAUGUGAUUGUCGAGUUUUUUCAUUUUUUCGAAUUUGAAAUUAAAAAAAAAACGUAAAAACUCGGCAAAUCAGUCAACAUAAUUAAUUAUAAAAAAUAAUAGUAUACGGUGUGCUUAUUUGUAUUUUAACUGCUUUGGCAGCUGACGCGAAUUUUUUAGUCACUUUUUAUCCAAUCAGUGUAUCCCGUAAACAGUGAGUGAAAAACGCGUUAUUUAUUUUAAAAUGUAUAGUUGGUUCGAAAUGAAUUUGUACAUUAUUUACAACGAAAUUGAACUUUUAUCAUUGUUUUGGUGUCUCAAAAUUUUAAUAUGUUAGCAUAGUUUUAAGUCAGGAAUUUAGUUUUGAUUUCGCCAACUUGAAACUAUAUUCUAACCACUUUUUAAUCGAAAAUUUCAAAUUAUUAAAACAGUUUUUUGAUAUCUCGUCCAGUUUUCUCAAAUCUUCCCGAUGUAUCAAAAAGGCUGUGUUUCAUCAUAGGAAAAUAAUCCCAACAAAACUACUGUACGUGUGAAUGUGUUUAUAAUAUAAAUAUAUAAUUAGGAUGUUUCCUAAA